AUUUCCACUUGACAGUUUUGACAUUUGAUUGACCAUAACCCAAAAACCUUGCUGGAUGCAAACUUUGCGUCUUCCUCCCGAUCCUGUCGUAUAAAUUUACAGCGUGAAGUUUUUAUUAAGCAAAUUAUUGCCAUUAUUCAUAAACAUGUCUGCUAGCCCUUCAGUGAUUUCAGUUAAAAGCGCCGAUGAAUAUAAUGCGUUGAUCAAUGCCGAAAAAACCACAGUGGUGCUCUUUACCGCCGAUUGGGCUGAACAGUGUAAGCAUGUGCAAGAAGCGCUCGAGGAGCUUGCCAAGAUUUUGAGCGCAAAAUUACAGUUUGCUAGCAUAGUGGCCGAGAACUUUCCGGAGAUAUCUAUGAAGCACCAGAUUGAAGCAGUGCCCACCAUUAUUUUCUUCACUAAAGGCACAGCCGUGGAUCGCGUAGAUGGUGUUAAUGUAGCUGAUAUCACUGCCAAGUGUAAAAAAAUUGGCGGCUCCGUAGCCGGUGAAUCGUUGGAAGAUCGCUUAAAGGCGCUUAUCAAUAAAGCUGAUCUUAUGAUAUUUAUGAAGGGCGAUCGUAGUGCGCCGCGUUGUGGGUUCUCGCGUCAGCUAAUUGAGAUUUUAAAUGCAACAAAUAUUCCUUAUGAGACUUUCGAUAUACUGAAUGACGAAGAAGUUCGCCAAGGUUUAAAGACAUACUCCGAUUGGCCUACAUAUCCACAAGUGUAUGCUAAAGGAGAGCUAAUAGGUGGAUUGGAUAUAAUCAAAGAACUAAAAGCUAAUAACGAACUAGAGACUGCACUAAAAGGCUAAAUUUGAAAGCGCAUGACUCACCGACCUUCAUACACACAUAGAAAGUCUUAUUUAUAAAUAAAAUUGGCAACUGGUUUUUAACACAUAAUA